UCCAGAACAGCUCCUUAUCGUCGCAAGAUACAAUUUUCUAGUUACGAUAGCUUCCUGCAAAAACAAAACUAGAAAGGAGGAGUUUUCGCUCUACGCCAGCUUCUACGACACAUUCGUCCACGUCACGGAUCUUUCGGGCGAAUAAACAACCUCGCGCGUCACCGGCAACAUGAACGCCAAGGCCGAUCGUGACGAGGCUCCGCCCUACGCCGCUUUGUUGGCUGCUCAGGACGUCGCCGAUAAGUGCAAGUCGCUCGGAAUCACGCUGCGUGCCACCGGCGGAAACCGCACCAAGAACCCGGGACCGGGUGCUCAGUCGACGCACCGUGCUCUGUUCUGUUCGUCAAAGAAUUUUGUGAUUUUUUUUAGUGCUAUUAGACGGACGAGACGGUUGGCGCAGGGCAUCUAG